UUGGCACAAAGCCAAGUGUGAGCAGCUGCUUCUCACAAACUGCAGCAAUGGUGGAGGAGGAGAAAGGACAAGUUGCCAAGAAGGGCGCGAAGAAAGUGGUGAAGAGGGCGCCAGCGAAGGGCGGCGAGAAGAGCACAAGGGCCAGGAAAGAAAGUUAUUCCAUCGACAUCUACAAAAUGAUGAAGCAGGUUCACCCCGACACCGGCAUCUCCUUCAGGGCCAUGACCAUCAUGAACUCGUUCGUCAACGAUAUUUUCGAGCGUAUUGCGGGGGGAGGCUUCCUGCCUGGCCCAUUACAACAAGCGCAGCACCGUCAGUUCCCGGGAGAUCCAGGCCGCCGUGCGGUUGCUGCUGCCCGGGGAGCUGGCCAAGCACGCCGUGUCGGAGGGUACAAAGGCGGUGACCAAGUACACCAGCUCCAAGUGAGACCCCACACUGUGCUGAGAAAAAACACAUCCAAAACCCAAAGGCUCUUUUAAGAGCUAUCCACAAUUUCAAUGAAGCAGUUGGACCAUUUUAAGUUUGCAAAAAUGAUUCUCGGUCUCUAUGAUUAAUGUCUAAUCUUUAUCUUUGUUUACACAAACGUUCUAAAAAUUUACGUGCGGUCCCUGACCCUCUGUCCGUUAGUUUCGUUUGCCUUCCUACCCAGUCUCUCUUCCUUCCCUGUACAGAAAGCAUAUUUAUCGUCACUGCGUCAUUUUUUUUCAGCAACUCCUAUGUGUUCCAGUUAUUAUUUCCCCUUUGAUCAGGAAUUUCACCCCCUGGAAAGAAAACUAAUUGCUCGAGUCCCACGAACAGAUUUUGCAGAAUACCUGACAUUCAGGAUUCAGCCGUCAGUGAGAGGGUUUCAAAAUGAGCUGAGAUAAAGCCAGAACCAGGAUUGCAGUCCCCAGUGUGAAACUGUCUGCUCAAGGACAAUGAGGGAGGGCAACUUCAAGUUUUAACCCGAAAAAAAAGUUGUGUAAGUUUUUAUAAAUAUGUCAGCGUUCAGUUGUAAUGUGAAAGUGAAUUAAGCUCAAAGGAAAAUUAAACUGUUGAAUCCUCUUUGUAAAACUCCCCUAUCCGACAUGAUUUUCCAAUUUGUCCCAAUGAGGUAUGAACGCUGGAUUUCACCCAUGCGAACGAAAAAUUCUGAUCUCUUAUUUGAGUCUCAUUAAUAAAAUGUGGUGCGAUUCCUUUUUCAAUUUCCAAAUCUGUAAGGAAAUUUAUCCG